UUGAAACGACUCAGCUUCACAUCCGGUUACCAGAAGAAAGACUGGUGUUAUUGUCAAAUCGUUCAUGACUACGCUGAUUUUGUCCACCCAGAAAAUAUUUCAUGUAACUAUUUGAACGUCAGUAACUCUACUCUUUUGGAGAAACUAGCCUCGGUGCAGUCCUACGUUUCUCUUUCUCGCUCUCUGUAAACAAAGAGACGCGGAAGUUGCAAAACAUACCAAGAGUACGACGAGGGACUUUUUCGAUCCAAAAGAGCGGAAACGGACUGGAAUCUAGUUUCAGGAAGUCUCAAGUUGCAUUGCACAUAACAGUUUGAUAUCAUACCAUCAAUGGACAUCGGAGGGAUGAGAGCAGUAGAAAUCCAGCUUCCGCCCGAGGAGCCGGAGCCAUCGCAUAUUAAAGUGGAAGAAGAUGAACACAGCAUUAGUCAGGGUGGAGAGCAGCUUCCCGCAGUGGACUUCCCGGUGAUUUGUGUCAUUGUAAAGAGUGAAGAUGAUGAAGAUGAGCUUUGUGAGCAGAGAUCCAAAGCUGGCAGCCUCGUCGCUCCAAUGUCAGAUAACGAUGACAGUGAUGAUGAACACGCCAAAGGUGAUGGGACAUGUCGCACUGUCGACACACGCUUGACAUGUUCUGAAUGUGACAAAGUGUUUGUCAACAAGAGGAAUUUGAAAAGACACAUGAGGAUUCACACAGGAGAGAAACCUUUUGUAUGCUCAUUUUGCGGGAAAGGGUUUUGUGAAAUGACAACGUUGAUAGCGCACACAAGAACACACACUGGAGAAAAACCUUUUCCCUGCUCAAUCUGUAACACAAGUUUUCGAGUGCGUGCAUUGUUGGUCAAACACAUGAGGACGCACACUGGGGAGAAACCUUAUUCUUGCCCAAUCUGCGAAAGAAGAUUUUCUCGAAAGGAAUCCAUGAUAACGCAUAUGCAAACACAUACAGGUGAGAAACCGUUUGCCUGCUCAGAGUGUGGCCAGAGAUUCUCCCGAAAGGGAAAUUUGAGAACGCACUCAAGAACACACACUGGAGAGAAGCCAUUUUCUUGCACAGUCUGCAAUGCAAAUUUCCGAGUUCAGUCAGGAUUGGUUCAGCACAUGAGAACGCACACAGGAGAGAAACCUUUUGCCUGCUCAGAAUGUGGCAAACGGUUCACUCAAAGGACAAAUUUGAUGACGCACUCAAGAUCACACACUGGAGAAAAACCUUUUACCUGCUCAAUUUGUCAAACAAGCUUUAGUUAUCAUUCCUCUUUGAAUAAUCACAUGAGAACACACAGUAAGUAACAAUGUCUAUAUUAAGAUUGGGUGAUAGCUAUAUUCAAAAGUGUUCUCUACAUUGUAAGGGUUUACAAAUUUCCAUGUCGCCAUAGUGACUUACAGAAACCAUAUUGCAGUAUUGGAUAUCGUUCUUUACCGCAUUGUGUUCUUUAUGGAAAACAAAUUUCAUAUGCCUGAUUUUUCUUUUGACAUGAAAAGACAUGACAUGACAUUCUUUUUCUUGAAAUGAAAAUGUAUCGAGACUGUUGUAGAUACUCACAAUUUGUCAUAAUAUAUGAAACAAAUAAUAAUGAAUGUUGUGUUUUCGAAAUAUAAAUGCAUCACGAA